UAUUUGGGAGAGGGUGAGAAAGACGUAGCCUACAGCAGAUCUCCAGUCAGUCUGGGUUAGGAACUGGGGGACGUGCUGUCUUUACCGCAUCGUAUUCCGGAACCGAUGUGUGACUUCACUCAACGCUGUCAUGGGCCAAAGGGGCCCCGGGGCCACUUCAGUGUCCUCACGUAGCCGAGGACGCAACCUCUGGUGUCCAAAUGAGGAGGGACAGCGGUGGUGGACGCACCUUGGGCGCACAGUUGUGAAAACACUAUGAAGGCAAAUGGUCCUGUAUUUGAAGGUCUCUGGGCGCCGCACUGAGAGCCAUGGAUCACUUUUUUCGGAGGAAGCGGGUCGGUCUGCUGAAGCCCCUGCUGAGUCUGUCUCUAGUCUUUGCAUCUUUUCUAAUGAUCCACAAACUGAAGCUGGCGGAGAAGGAAGGAGUGGGAGUUAAACACCCGAGGGAUGCCGGCUGGUGCGGCUCCGAGUGUUUUUCUUUCAAGAAGGGAGUCGUGAAAACUAGUUUGGGGAGCUCAGACUCUCUGGUGCUUAAAAACGAUUUGGAUGCGCACCGGGUUUCCAACGGGACUCCGGCUUCCUGGGACGCGCAGGUUCUCAACUGCAGCGAGGACGCGUCGGUGAGGGCCCAGGACUGGUUCCGGCGCCUGGAUCCGAGAUUUCACCAGUUUGUGCUUCACAGACACUGCAGGUACUUCCCCAUGCUCAUCAACCACCCGGAGAAAUGCGCAGGCGGAGAGGUGCACCUCCUCAUGGUGGUCAAGUCCGUUAUCGAACAGCACGACCGGCGCGAGGCAGUGCGUAAAACCUGGGGUAAGGAGCACACGUUGGAUGGGAAGAAAAUAAAAACUUUGUUUCUUUUGGGAAGCCCAACGACUGGCAAAGACACCAAAAACCUCCAGAAACUGAUCGAGUACGAAGACAUGAUCUAUGGGGACAUCCUGCAGUGGGACUUCAUGGACACUUUCUUCAACCUGACCCUGAAAGAGGUCAACUUUCUCAAAUGGUUCGACAUCUACUGCCCCGGGGUUCAGUUUAUAUUCAAGGGAGAUGAUGAUGUUUUCGUGAACACGCAGAACCUGCUGGAGCUCAUCAGCUUCAAAGUGGAGGAGCGCAAAGACGCUGAUUUGUUUGUGGGGGACACCAUCUCCAAGGCGAUCCCGAUCCGAAACCGACAGAGCAAAUACUACAUUCCCAAAGAGCUGUACGAUAAGCCAUAUCCCCCUUAUGUGGGCGGUGGGGGGUUUCUGAUGUCCGCCCAGCUGGCCAGGAGGCUCUUUGUGGUCUCGGAGGACCUGGAGUUGUACCCUAUUGACGAUGUGUUUUUGGGGAUGUGCCUGCAGAAGCUGCACUUGGCCCCAGAGCUGCACGCGGGCUUCAGGACCUUCGGCAUCACCAGACGCAGGGUGAGCCCCAUGAACAGCGAGCCCUGCUUUUACAAAGACCUCAUAGUGGUGCACAAACUGAGCGCGCAGGAGCUGCUCAGGAUGUGGAGCGUGGUGCACAACGAGGACCUGGUGUGCGCGCAAAGGACUUCCGUAUGACUGUCAGUUUAACAAAACUUAGACAAAACUUCAGUGUACAGAUUUAUCAAACUGAUAAUAUUUGCAUCAUGUACUGAUCAGACAUGAAGAUCUUCACACGUUGUACUGAAUCUGAUGAGUCAUGUAGCUGAGGAAGGGAGCUGUAUCACCAGGCAAACAACUACAUAUCUAAAUAUACAUGAAUAAAUAAAUACAGUUUUCUGUAUGUCGAAUUAAAAUGGUUGCAAACUCUUCUGCAGUAAACCGAGCGGGUUGGAUUUCCUCUUCACUACUGUAUGUGUUGCUCGUUUUUGUUGCUAUUUUCCUUUUUUGUGAAACCACUACCACACAGCUCCACAGUGUGAAAGCACUGAAGGCGGGUUUCUUUAGGUUUCUGAUUCAUGGUGCCAUUUCAGACUGGAGUCUCACGGUCCCAGUGUCUUAACCCCGAAAUCCAGUGCUCAUACAGAGACAUGUUUUUUGUGCAGGCAUUUAAAAAAAGAAAAAAAAAAAAAGAAAGAAAAAGACUUGACUUGUUAGAAACAUUGACUUCAGGAUGGACUAACGUACAUCAAACACGUUCAUUCAUAGCUGAGUGAUUAUUUUGUAGGGUUUUGAAAUUGUAAAAAGAAAAAUCAAAUGAUAUGAAUUUGUUAAGUUAAUAUAUUGUUUUAUUUUUUCUUUUGUUUCUUAUGUGUAAAUUCACUUGUGUAUGAUUUUCAGAGACAGGCCAAAAACCAAAGAAACUAAAGGGCUGUAAAACUGUAGAUUUAUGUAUGAUAGUGUAAAUAAAACUGGAACUUUUUGGUCAACUUUGUAAAUACAAACUGAAUGUUGAAGCA